AUGGCAAGCUACGAAGUAGACAUCACAUCGAAGGACUCUUCCCCAUCUCGCGACCUGAGUGUCACUAAUCUUUCUGUUGGCCAUGGUCAGAAGUUGACUUUAGACGAUCUCUACGAGGAUGGGACUGUAGAUCAGGUAUAUCAAGCAAAAGCUCGGAUACUGAACAAUUCCAUCCAAGAAAUUGGCAUGGGGAAGUAUCAAAUAUACUUGUUCUGUUGCGCUGGAUUUGGAUGGUUCGCCGACAGCGUUUGGCCGCUGAUCACUGGACUCAUUCUUACCCCGGUGAUCAACGAAUUCAAGUUCGAUGGCCCCUUCCUCUCCCUUGCAGCAAACAUCGGUCUUUUCGUGGGUGCUGUCAUCUGGAGUUUCGGUUGCGACAUUUGGGGUAGACGGUGGUCAUUCAAUUUGACACUUCUCAUCGCGGGGGUUUUCGGUCUGGCUGCCGGUGGUUCACAGAAUUUCGUCACUCUGGCCUCAUUAAUCGCUACCCUCGGUGUCGGCGUAGGUGGAAAUUUGCCCGUCGACUCCGCUGUAUUCCUUGAUCUUGUACCCGGGACCCACCAAUAUCUUCUUACCGUGAUGUCGGUAUGGUGGUGCUUGGGGCAACUCGUCGUCAGCUUGCUUGCAUGGCCUCUGAUAGCUAAUUUUUCUUGUGCCUCCUCAACAAAUUGCACUCGCUCCGAGAACAUGGGAUGGCGUUAUCUUUUGUUCAUACUUGGUGCUUUAACCCUUCUACUAUGGGGCAUCCGCUUUUUCGUGUUCAAGUUGUUUGAAAGCCCCCGAUUUCUCGUCGGCAUCGGAAAAGACGCCGAGGCGGUCGAAGUUAUUCGCAUGCUCGCUGAAUACAACUCCAAGACUUCAAAUUUGACUGUGGAUCAAUUAGUUAAUGCGGGUGGAAUGAAUCCAGAAAAGGCACGCGUUGCCCAGAACGAGCGGAGAGUUUUGAGUGCAAGUUCAUCACUUGGAUGGGAUCAUGUCAAGGCCCUUUUCAAAACCAGAAAGCUUGGUUUUUCAACGUCUCUCUUGAUCUUUCUAUGGGGUAAGCCUUUCCGUUGGUUGAUUAUGCGCGUCAGUUCACUUUACACAGGUAUCAUUGGAUUGGCCUCGACUUUAUACAACAGCUUCCUGCCGUUCUUGCUCGAAAGUCGCGGCAACGCUUAUGGUGAUGGUUCUCUGUACAUCACAUACCGAAACACUUUCAUUCUCAGCGUGAUCGGUGUACCUGGAGCUUUCCUUGCAGGAUGGGCCGUUGAACUUCCCUAUAUCGGCCGCAAAGGCACGUUGGCAAUAUCAUCGGGGCUCACUGGUGCAUUUCUUUUUGCGACUACCACCGCGCGGAGCUCUAAUGCUUUGCUCGGAUGGAAUUGCGGAUACACUUUCUUUAGUAAUAUCAUGUAUGGCGUACUGUACGCCAUAUCCCCGGAAGUGUUCCCUGCCAAAGACCGUGGCACCGGAAAUGGUUUGGUGUUCUCAGCAACGCGCGUAUUCAGUAUCCUAGCACCUAUUAUCGCACUCUAUGCUAACCUCGAGACAGCAACCCCAGUGUACAUUUCUGGCGCACUCAUUAUCUUUGCUGGGUUCUUGGCCUUGCUACUUCCCUAUGAGCCUAGAGGAAAGGCCUCGAUAUGA